AUGAACAUUGCAGCUCUCAGAGACCGCAUUGCUGAGCUUGAGAUUGCACUCGAAGGAAUCAGCAACAAUAUCUGUUCCUUUGGAGAUGAGGUUGCAAAGGCCGAAGGUCUCGCUCCGUGGCCACAUCUCGCAGAUCACCUUCAGAAAACGGUGCAAUCAUGCCUACCCUAUGCGAGGCAGCGCGGAGAUUCCCAGGCCAACUCAAGCCCUACUCGCAGAAAUGAAGGAACUUCUGUAACAAGUUUACGGGAAGAUCAAAGCGGAAAUGCUAAUCAAGCGAAAUUCCACUCAACUCAGGAAUCGCCUCAUUCACCGACUCAUCUUGGCAAAUACUUGGACUACAUGCUCGAUGGUGUCGUAUUAAUUGAAAGGUCAACCUUUGUGGAGUAUCUCCGGAUAGCUUGUCUAUGCUAUGGCUAUAUGAUCCUCGAUAGCCCGUCUAUUCCCUUGAACGCUCUCGAACGGCCUUUUCGAUUACUUUUCCCUCUUCUCACCAGGGACACCAUUGCAACCUUCUUCUAUGCUCGAUUACAUGCGACUCUCAAUAAUCAGAGGCCCGUUGACUGUCAUGAAAUACCUUUCUUUCAAAUAGGAGGCGCCGGCUCACACUACCCUGAAAUUCCCAUGUCACGAAAUGAAGACGCAGACAACCGGCAGACAGGAAAAACUCAUCUUGUCCCUGGUCCUCUCUCUGCUUUCUCGCCCGAGGUUCAAGAAGAGCUUUCUGGGGAUUGGUUUGAUAUUCAGGACCUAGAGGGGUACUUACGGGCAAAGGAUAUCACGAUUUCGAUGGAACCUCUCCCCGAGGCUCCCUGGGCUGUCAACGCAGUGGAAUUUACAGCAGCAGAAAAUAUCUCCUUCUACCCAGAAGCCGCUACACCUCAAUGUGCGGCUGCUGAGAUUUUCUCGUAUUGA